CCGGCAUUGUCUUUGCUAACUUAGCUUUCUCGCUAACUGCUCCUCCAGUUUCCCAUUCACUAACUCACGAUGAGGAGGACGCCGGUGUGACAAGUGACAACAGCCUGCGUGUCAACACCAACCGUGGAGUAAAGUUGAUCCGAUACUCGGCGUACAGCGGUUGGACUCCAUGGUUUGACGCCCAGAACACCGAUUUUUAAUUCGUCCAGAGCAAAUUCCAACAUGGACGACCCCAACAGACCUCAGCGCAAAAUGUCCACGGCGGGGGACAGCCUGUAUAAAGUCCUGGGCUUGCAGAAGGGAGCGUCGCCCGAGGAUAUAAAGAAGGCCUACAGGAAGCUGGCGCUGCGGCACCACCCGGACAAGAACCCCGACAACCCUGAAGCGGCGGAGAAGUUCAAGGAGAUCAACAACGCCAACUCCAUCCUGAGCGAUGAGAACAAGCGCAAAAUCUAUGACGAGUACGGCUCCAUGGGCCUCUACGUGGCCGAGCAGUUUGGCGACGAGAGCGUCAAGUACUACUUCCUCAUGUCCAAAUGCUGGUUCAAGGCCCUGCUGGUGUGUUGCGGCAUCUUCACCUGCUGCUGCUGCUUCUGCUGCUGCUGCUUCUGCUGCGGCAAGUGCAAAUCCCCCGAGGAGGACGAGAGAGACUUCUACGUGGACCCGGAGGACCUGGAGGCGGAGAUCAGAGAGCAGGAGGAAGCACGAGACGCUGUAAUCGUUAUUCAGCCGAGCUCGUCCGCCGACGCUCCCGGGGAAGCCGACGUCGCGUCAGGCGAGGACACGCCCAUCGUGAUUCAGCCGCACGCCAGCAACGGCUCUGCCUCCCCCUCCUCCUCCUCCGCCGCCGCAGCCGCCGUGCACCUGACAGUCGACGAGUGAAUCCCUGCCCCCCCCCCCCCACCCCCCACCCCCCAUUUCAGAAAUUUGUUGGAUCAGUUUUUUUUCACGAGGGUAUUACCCGGCAUCUCUGAGGGUUUGUUUACAUCAGCAGUUAUUUGGGCUUGUUUUUUUAGGUGCCUCAGGGUUUGCUUUCGGAUCCCCUCUUUUUUUCUUUUUUUUUUUAUUCUUUUUGUGUAUAAAGUAUUGAGCAAAAAGUCUCAGGCCGCCAUUAGAUUUUUUUUUUUUCUUUUAACCGGUGUCAUAAUGAGCAUAUCCAGAGGUGGGCCAAAAGUAAGUCUACACUUUUAUCGUAUUAUGUUUUGUGUUGUUAUAAUUUAGUGUCAACUUACUUUUGCUGUUUUUUUUUUUUUGUGUUCUCUGCAUCCUUCCUGACCUUCUUUACUUCCCAAUCCUCAAAGUUACUUUUCUCUUUCCUCAUCGCCACUUCCAUCCUUCCUUUGCUUAAAACAUUUCUGCCUUCCUUCCUGCCCCCUUCCUUCCUUCCUUCCUUCCUUAUUUCCUUCCUACUUCUGGUCCACCUUGUUUUACCAGAAAGCCAAUAAGUUGAGUGCAGACCUAGUGUCAACUAUUGAUAAAACUCAAAAUAAUUCAUAGAACUUUUUAUAUUUGUCAGUCGAAUUAUUAUUAUUAUUUUUUUUUUUAAAUCUAGCAGGCUAUUUUCUAGUUCUCGGAGGAUGAACCAUAGACAAGACGUGUCGUGAUGGUAUGGGGGUGUUGGAUACUUCCUGGGGUACCAUUUAGAGUCACGUGGUUCCAAGAAAAACGACACAGUACAAUUUGAUUGAAAUAUAAUUCUGCACCAUUCCUCCACUAAGUUUUGCGUGUCACUGGUUUUGUAUUAAUUUUUUUUUUUUUUUGUAAACCUGCUGUGACCUUUUCUGAGUAACUUUUCUACAAGUCAUAUUGACUCCUGUAUUAAAAAAAAAAAAAAAGCUAUCAGUGACCUAAAACAUUUGCACAGUUUGCAAAGCAAAGCCAAAUUUAUUUAUGCAGCGCAUUUCAUACACAAUGUGCUUGACAUGAUGAAAAGGACAUGAAUCCAUUUUUUUUUUUUUUUUUUUGCAAUUUUUGAUGACACGCUGGGUUUAUUUUGGGAGAGGAUCAUCGAAGCCUCGUUUUGAAAGCUCAAACUUGUGUUCAUCGUGCCGACGUGCCAAAAUAAGGCGGCUUACUGACGCUAACAAUGACGUGUCACAAUUGUCCAUAAUUAAACAUUAAUUUUGCUGGAUGCCAUUUAUACAUCAUAAAAAAAGAGGAAGGGGGGCUUUCGGGUAAAGCUAAAAGGCACUUUCAGCUUUCCAGGCGGGCUCGAUUUCACCUUCUGUAAAGUUUUGAAUGCAGCAUUUCGGCACUUUUUCCACGAUCGAGGAGCUGAUUGGCAAAAUUCGCAUCAGGUGUUUGAGCCCACGAAUCAUCGGGGGCGUUCCCAAAAGCGUCCACUUCCUUUGCUCUCUGUGACGUUUGCGGACUUGCUGUAGCUCCGUUGCAACCCGCUGAAAACGCACGCCAUCAUAUUUUUGUUUCAAUUUGUUGUUUUGAUUUUUUUUUUUUUUUUUUUUUGCCGUUCAGCCCUUUGCCGUGGAAAAAGUGCAGAAGAGCCGUCGAAGGUCACGUUAAGGUCAAAGGUUGGAGUGCAUUUUCGCUUCACCCUAAAAUGAUUCUCCAAAGCUGAAUAUCGCAAAGUUUUUAGUGAGCAGCGGAUACAGAAUGCUGU